AGAUGGCCGUCUGUGGAGCCGCUGGCAAACCAUUCGUUUCCCGGAGACCACUGCAGGCUGCACACCCCCUCCUCCUGCCUGGCCGCCCCUACGACAGGAGCAGCAGCCCGAGGGUCAAGAAGUUCCUGAAUGUUUUUUUUUCCUCCAAGAUGGAGGCGCUAGGGGGAUAUCCCACCAAGUCCUCCAACCCCAGAGCCAGAUGGUUCAGGGUCCUGCUGAGCAUGACAGUAGGAGUCGGGUGUUUGUUCCUCCUGCAGACCCAGCUGAUAAAACCCAGAAAACCAAAGGACUUUUAUUCUUUUGAGGCGAGAGACGCGAAGGGGAGGACGGUUUCCUUGGAGAAGUACCGAGGAAAAGCAUCUUUGGUUGUAAACGUGGCGAGUCACUGCCAGCACACGGAGGCGAACUACAAGUCUCUGCAGGAGCUGCACCGGGAGCUGGGCACGUCUCACUUUAACGUUCUGGCCUUCCCCUGUGGACAGUUUGGGGACACCGAACUCGGACUCAGCAGGGACAUCGAGGCGUUCGCCAAGUCCACCUACGGAGUCACCUUCCCCUUCUUCAGCAAGAUCAGAAUCCUGGGCUCAGAGGCCGAUCCUGCCUUCAGGUUCCUCACAGAUUCUGUGCAAAAAAUACCAAAGUGGAACUUCUGGAAGUUUCUGGUGAAUCCUGAAGGAAAAGUGAUCCGAUUCUGGAAAACAGAUGAGCCCAUGGCGAGCAUCCGACAGGAGGUCACCGCUCUGGUGCGGGAAAUCAUCAUAAAGAAACGGGGGGAGCUAUGAUGGAUACAUAACUGGACCUUUUGCCACUUUAUAAAUGGUUUUCCUGCUUUUAUGGGCAGGAAAUAAAAGAAGCGUGAUCUGUGAGUGUGAUUUGGAGGUGUGUCGCUCCAGAAACACGCAGGAUCAUCUCCGUGAGAGUCGGGUGAGGGUGAUCAGAGGGUGUUUGUUAGAUUUGUACAUGCAACUUCUGCAGCUGAACGUUUAGCAUUUGAAGUGUUCCAUUUUUACAAAUGCCAUGUUUACUUUUUCUAAGUGUCUUUCUGAAGUUUACAACCUCUUUUUUUAAGCUGAAGCAACACUUUUCUCUCCCUGUUGACUGAUUUGAGCCCAGACUUUCAUCCAUUCAACAAUAAAAGAGUAUACCUAAAAA